AUAAACUACAAAUACAUUACGUAAAUAUGCCACCGCUUUACGGGGUUCUGCACAAGCACCGUCUCCACAUUCUCUGCUUUGGUUUGCUUUGGAUGGUGCAAUGCAUUUUCGCCAAAUCGUCUCGUGUUUCAGAUUUAAAUUCGCAGAUCUCAGGGAUGGAAGAAUUGCUUGAUCAAUUUCGCAAGCGCCUCCAACAAGGUCAGGAAGAGAAGAGAUCAGAUGGGAUGCGGCCGGUGGAUGUGUGUUUGGACAGCUUCAACGCCAUAGAGGACUACAUCAUCAGGGCGAAGGACUCCAUCGACUCGGGUGCCGCUUUCCUGACAGCUCCUGGAAGAAUUUACAGCUGGAGAGACUGCCUGCACGCCUGCUGUUCCGACCCUCAUUGCACAGUGGCUGUGGUGGAGCUGGAACGGGAGCAUUCGGAGGACAGCCUCAGUUGCUUUUUAUUCAACUGUACUUACAAAAACAGAAAUGUUUGCAAAUUCUCCUUGCAUCAGGGAUACAGCACAUACAGUGUGGCUUCCAACAACACCCACUACCCCGGUGAUAUGGGCGCAGGUUCAGACCUGACUAAACAUACAGGUUCCAGGAAACGGCCUUAUGUAAAUAGCCCAGUUGAUGAUGCGACACUACAAGUGAGCGAUGAGCCUCCUCGAAGUGAUGCUGGCCAGGAUGUAGUGCUCCAGCUACCCACAGACUGGGUCCUUCUGGAUGGCAGAGACAGUCUGGAUGAUCAGGCAAUUACCCGCUAUGAGUGGACUCUACUGCAGGGUGACCCCUCUGCUGAUAUGAAGGCUCCUCAGCCUGGGGUAUUGAAGUUGACUGGCCUGAAAGAAGGGUCCUACCACUUCCAGCUGACCGUCACAGACACUGGGGGUCAGAAGAGCUCAGACAAUGUUACAGUCACUGUUCUCCAAUCAGAGCACAAAGCACCAGUCUGUCCAGGGCUCUGCUCCCGCUACCAGUUCAUGUGUGACGAUGGCUGCUGUGUGGAUAUCACCUUUGCAUGCGAUGGAAAAAAGCAGUGUCUCGAUGGGUCAGACGAAGCCUUCUGCCAAAGCAUUGAAGGGACUGAAGGAAGCCGCAAGUAUGUUACCCACUCCUCCGAGACGGUCAACCAGAAGACUAUCAUCCUGACAGAGGGGGGUGAAUACAGGUCUGCUGAAGACCCAAGGAAGACAACAAUGGAAAAACUGCAACCGUCCUUACAUACACACAACAGGGAAGAAACCAAUCCACCAUUAACUCAGGGAAAGACUACACAAAACAACAUACAUGUUACAGAGUACUGUCUGGCGCCCCCUGCUGCUGGCCCUUGCAAAGGUAUCUUUCCUCGCUGGUUCUUUGAUGCUGCCACAGGAACAUGCAAGCACUUCAUCUAUGGUGGCUGCAAAGGCAAUGGAAACAAUUUCCUACAGGAAGCAGACUGCGUCAAUGACUGUAUAAAGAAACAAGACAAAGACCCACCACACCAUACUACUGCUCCACCCUCCAGCAUAAACGCUGAACCCGCUGAUGCUCCUCAAGAGAAAGAUUCAGUGGAUAAAGGUGAAGUUGGAGGUGGACACCCAGUCCCAGAUUCAGGUGCUGUGCUGCCUCUUGCUCUGGGGCUGGCCAUCACCGCCUUGCUCCUGCUAAUGGAAUGAAGCUGAAGAAAGCCCAACCUGUAACAUUGGAGGAGUCUGACUACCUCAUCAACGGCAUGUACUUGUAGCUGCAAACACAAAGGUCCUGGCGGAAUUGGAAGGACCCAAAACAACUUUGUUUAGCUUCAGCCAACAAUAUGUAUAUUAUACUAUACAGCAGAGUGGGUGUAUUCUGGUGUUUGAGGCUUAGUGAAAAUGUGAAGAAGCACCCAGAACUUUAUGUAGUUUUUCAUAAAAUAAAAAUGGAACACUACAAAAAGAAACAUCAGUUUAAGCAACCCUUGACCAUGUUUGAAAUUUGUCCAUAUAACCAAUAAAAGGUCAUCUGCAAAGCCUCCUGCCUCUUGUGUGCACCACGUUAUGUACAGAUUAAUGAGAGAAUGCAUCAGUUAGCUGUUUGAAAGGGACCAGUGUGCAGUUUUAAUUCCAGAGGUAAAUGGAUUAUACACUACCAUACAGCAUGUCAGGGGCUCUGUGUCGUAUCCCUCCCCAUUGGUUUAACUAGUUAAUAACUACCAGCAUGGUCAAUGUUGUUUAGACUAAAACCCAAGGAAAAUAUAUAAGAAAAUCUGAGUGUUUAAUGGAAAUCUGAAUGUAGUUUAACAACAAUGAAGUCAAAUUUCCCUUAAAAUUGAUAUUUAUUUAAAAUGGCAUUUAAGAAAAAAAUACAGAUUUAAAUAAUUUUUAAAAAGCAAUUAAAAUAAACUAUUGAUGUAUAUAUGUAUUAUUAAGGCACCUUAUAUAUGUAUCUUAAUAGAUCAGCAACCAACUGCUGUUUACUAUGGCAAGUAUGGACUUGUCCUACCGGUUCCCAUAACCUCAGUUCAGAUUUUCAGAAUGGGUUUGUUCUGUAUUGUUAAUGAUGUGAUAUUCCAGUAACAUUUGUGCACUAUCCUCCUGGUGAAUCAGUCCACAUGUAAUAUUAUUUCUAACAUUCUAAUUACUGUUUUUACUCAUUGCUGGUUAUUUAGCAGCUGUCAUACUAGGUUCAGUGACUCGCUGUAAAACUUGAGUAGGCCCUGGCAUAAGUAGGCUUUCUAGUGCUGUACACAAGGCCUUUGUUUGCUUCCUUUUUUUAUUAUUACUAUUUCUUCAACUUACUAACCAAUAUUAAAUAAAGGCAAAGCUAGGUACUGAAUUCAAUGAUAUGGUCAGUUUUCUGCUCCCUGCUACAUGGGUUCCAAACUGUAAGCUAAGAAGUCUGCAAAUCCUUCUAUUUACCACAUAUUCUCAAAGCCUUAAACAUAACCAGAAAUUCUGCUCUGCAGUUUAACAUCUUUUAGAAAAGCUUAGGAAUGUACUACUCUCAACAGUCAGGCAGAAAUAUGUGUGCUAAUGUAAUCUGAUCCAGAAGAUGGUGCUAUUGUGUAACAAUGUAUGUUUAUUGCAUGUAAGUUAUCUACUAUUUGGUGCAUACUAGUGUGACAUUGUGAAAAUAUGAAGUUUUAAUUGAAGGUACAGGGAACUGUAUACUUUAACAACUUUUGUUUUCAAGAAGGUCAACCCACAGCAAUCAUUGUAUUUCUCCUCUAGCAAUAGAAAACCAAAAUAAAAAAAUAUAGUCAACUCUCAUUAAUAUGAAUUGUAAAGGGCCGGUGAAAAAUGUGUGUUGGCACUGAUCAGUAGUUCUUAUUAUCAGGAGUCAGUUUUUAUUGAAGUUACAGUAAAAUUGAAAUCAAAUUUCAAUUACAGUACAAUGAAAAAUAUUAUAAAUGUAAAAGUACUGUGCAUGUUAUUGAAAAUACAGUUCCACGUGAAAGUGUAAGUGAAAAAGUAUACAUUUGCAGCUCUGCAUGUCUCAUUCUAAUCACAGGCAUUUUUAAACUACAAAAGCAAGGGAUCCUCAACAUCAGGCUGUUAACUUGCAUCCACUGUUUUGCUGUUCAUAGGUCUGUAUUACCGUAUCCCAGUUUUUCAGAAUGGUUGAGAAAGUGUUUGUGGGAAUGUUGAAAUCUGCAGCAACGUCUUUCCUUAUUGUGUACAGUGGUGCAAUUCAACACCUCCACUUUUGUCUGCAAGGAUAAUGCACAUUUUUAGCACUGGGCGCUCAUGUCUGUGCUUCAAGGAAAUGGAUUUGAUGCGCAAGAACUAUGGCAACUCAAAAUGCAUCAUAGGGUGAGGAGUACCAAAACAGCACUAAAAUAUAGUAUAGAGGUGCUAAUCUGGAUGCAAGUUAAAACAUUUCCAAUAUUACACAUAUUGAACUUCCAAUUUGUUUUAUUCCAAAUUUUCUUCCCUGGGGGGCUACAAAAUAAUUCUCACAAACAGGAAAUUCGUGUUAAGUGUAUUUGUAUUUCAAGAAGUAAUUUACAAUAAGCAACUGCUAAAUUUGUUCGGGACCAUGUAGAAAAUGCAUAGUAUCAGGAAAUGUGUUCAAUCUGAGUUUGUCUUGAUGAGAAUUGACUGUGUAUAUGUUGUGUAAAACACAUUUGGGGAAUUAAUUCUGGGACUGUAUUGUCAUCAUUCCUCUUCCAUUGCAAUCAUAUCUGUAAUGAUUUUUGGAGCUAAAUGCAAUAUUCUAGAUUCUAAACCUGCCAGAAUAAAAACAAUAAGAGUUUUAUACUCUUUCACUUUGGUACUAGUACAAAAUGAGAAAUACUGUGGUACUCAGACAUUUUGCUCUAUGGCAGGUACUUUCAUACAUCACAUAAGGGUCAAGUUUUUUAUCGUACCUUAUGGUUGCACAGGGCAUGACAAAGGUCUGUCUGUAUGCUCCGAAGACAAUUAUUAGCAGAUGUGUUUCACCUCCUUGCAAUAUAGACUGUAUUUUCAUAAUUCCUCUUCCACUGCAAUUAUUGUAAGGUGACAUUGGUUUUAUGUUGGGAAAUA